AUUAGCAAAAUUUGAGGGGGUAGGGGCGAGGUUUGAGAGGGUAGUAAGGAAGGGAUGAAAAUGGAAACCUGUGGCUGUGGCGAAGACCCCUGAGGACCCAGACCCCCCUAAGAGGGACUCAGAGGGCAAGGCGGUGGUGGGCCGCGGUAAGAACAGGCCCAAGAAGGUGAAGGCGCCUAGCCUGCCUGAGGUGAAGGCCGCCAUCGAAUCUCCUCGACGCCAGCAACUCGAGGCGAAGAAAGGAAAGCAGCGGGCUGAGAGAGCCAAGCAGCAGCGUGCGCUGGACAGCGUGCGCCGCUCUUGGCAGGAGGAAGAGAAGGAGGCCACUCUCGCCGUAGCGCCCCACAUGCGGCGCUACAUCGUUGGCCCACGCGGCGCCACACUGCGGGAAGUGUGCCAAGAGUUCGCUGGCGUGCGAGUGAGUGUGCCGCCUCCCUCAGACACCCGCACCGCCACCAUCAGGUUGUGCGGACCUGCCCGGCAGGUUCCCGCCGCCCUGGCGCGCCUCGAGGCCUUGCUGCGGCAGGCCGAGGUGAUCGAGGCGCAAGUGGCGGUGACGCCACGCCAGCGGUGCCACGUGGUGGGUCCCGCCGGCGCGACUGUCAGGAGACUACUGCAGGAGUUCCCUGACGUGCAGGUGAGAGUGCCGCCAGCAACAGACAAGGUGUCUCGCACCGUGCUGCUGCGCGGCCCGCGCACCCAGGUGGCCGGCGCGGAGGCAUUUGUCAGGGGGGUGUCUGAAGGCCGCUGGCCGCACCGCCCACGCCGCUCACGCUGGCCACCGUCACGUCCACCACGCCCGCCGCCACGCCCACAGUCUCGCCCAUCAUUGAGGCGCCAUUUAAUAAAUUAAAUUGUCUAUUAUUGUGCGUCUAUUAAUAUGUGUUUAUGUGUGUGUGUGUGUGUGUCCUGAUAAAUAUAUAUAUGUAUAGCCAUAUACUCGUAGAAGGACAUCAUAACAUUGACAAUAUUCCAAGUUAUGAUGAAAUAUGCAUGAAUAUGUACCCAUGACAAUAUUCCAAGUCAUGAUGAAAUAUGCAUGAAUAUGUACCCAUGACAAUAUUCCAAGUUAUGAUAAAAUGUGUGUGAAUAUGUACCUAUAUGACAGCCAUGUAGAAGGCAAUCAUAAUAUUGACAAUGUUCCAAGUUAUGAUGAAAUAUGUGUGAAUAUGUACCUAUAUGUAUAGCCAUGUAGAAGUCAUAUAUAUGAAUGCGUGUAUGUAUUGGCAUAACUUAUAUAAUAUUCAAAGUCAUGAUUAAUUGUCUUACGUGCGUUUGUGUGUGCGUGAGUACGUGCGCGCGUGCAUAUGUGGAUUCUAACAUGGACGAAAGGAGAAAGUGUGUGUGUGUGUGUGUGUGGAAGAGAAAAUAAAAGAAAACGAACAAAAAAAGUCAUCAGCGACCAAAAAUAAGAAUGAAGAAACUGAAGAAAUAAAAUCAGAAAAUGAACAAAAAAAAGUCAUCAGCGACCAAAAUCAAGAAAGAAGAAAUUGAAGGAGAAAUAAAAUCAGAAAAUGAACAAAAAAAGUCAUCAGCGACCAAAAUCAGGGAUGAAGAAAUUGAAGAAGAAAUAAAAUCAGAAAAUGAACAAAAAAAGUCAUCAGCGACCAAAAUCAAGAAAGAAGAAAUUGAAGAAGAAAUAAAAUCAGAAAAUUAACAAAAAAAAAAAAAGUUAUCAGCGACCAAAGUUAAUAAUGAAGAAAUUAAGAGUAAAGAAAUUAAAACAAUAAAAUCCAAAAAAAGGAGGAGGAGGAAAAGAAAAACAGAAAAUGAAAAAAAAAGUCAUCAGCGACCAAAAACAAGAAUAAAGAAGAAAUAAAAGCAGAAAAUGAACAAAAAAAGUCAUCAGCGACCAAAAACAAGAAUAAAGAAGAAAUAAAAGCAGAAAAUGAACAAAAAAAGUCAUCAGCGACCAAAAACAAGAAUGAAGAAGAAAUGAAAGCAGAAAAUGAACAAAAAAGUCAUCAGCGACCAAAAGCAAGAAAGAAGAAAUUGAAGAAGAAAUAAAAUCAGAAAAUUAACAAAAAAAAAAAAAGUUAUCAGUGACCAAAGUUAAUAAUGAAGAAAUUAAGAGUAAAAUAAAUUAAAACAAUAAAAUCCAAAAAAAGGAGGAGGAGGAAAAGAAAAAGCGAAAAUGAAAAAAAAGUCAUCAGCGACCAAAAACAAGAAUAAAGAAGAAAUAAAAGCAGAAAAUGAAAAAAAAAAGUCAUCAGCGACCAAAAACAAGAAUAAAGAAGAAAUAAAAGCAGAAAAUGAACAAAAAAAGUCAUCAGCGACCAAAAACAAGAAAGAAGAAGAAAUAAAAGCAGAAAAUGAACAAAAAAAGUCAUCAGCGACCAAAAGCAAGAAAGAAGAAGAAAUAAAAGCAGAAAAUGAACAAAAAAGUCAUCAGCGACCAAAAUCAAGAAAGAAGAAAUUGAAAGUAAAGAAGAAACUAAAACAAUAAAAUAAAAAAAAAAAGGAACAUAAGAACAUAAGAACAUAGGAACAUAAGAAAUAAGGGAAGCUGCAAGAAGCGACCAGGCUUACACGUGGCAGUCCCUCUAUGAAAUAUAAUAAUAUUAUAUAAAUUAAUAGCUAAUAUAAAUAAAUUAAAUAAAUAGCUAAUAUAAAUAGGUAAAUAAUUAAUAGCUAAGGUGAGAAGAAUUUUUUUUCUCUGAACUU